AUGCCAAAUUUGAUGAUCCUGGAUUUGAGUAACAAUGAAAUUGUUUUACACGAAGAAAUGAUCGACUUUUUAUCCCAUACACCACGUUUACAUCAGCUUUAUCUUCGUCGAGCAUUUACUGCAAUGAAUAAAGAUGAAAAACAACUGCAUCUGUUGAUGAAAAUCAAUUUAUUUUUUUAUGCUUUGCAGAUUCUUGAUUUAAGUUACAAUUUUUUCACCACUGUACCAUACAAUUUACCAUGCCCAUUUCCAUCAUUAACUGAACUGGAUCUAAAACAAAACUAUCUGCAAUCAUUUGACAUCGAUACAUCAUGCAUUUCAAAGCUAAGAACAUUGGAUAUUAGCAGGUAUAUUGCUUUCAAAUCAAAUUUCAGUUGCUUACUUAAAAUUGAAAAUUCAAUUGUUCUCAACAAUCAUUUUAUCUGCGAUUGUAACAGCUCUGAAUACAUAUACUGGAUUCGAAAUUCCACUUCGAUUGCUGAUAAGAAUUCGUUGUUAUGUUAUCGGGCAAUACCGGCACAGUACAAAAAAGCAAAAUUAAUGGAAGUACCAGUGGAGGAACUGAACUGUACCGUAGCCGAUACGGCAACAACAAAUUUAGCACAAUUUUCAUUUACAACAUUUCUUACUGCAACAAUCGGUGCUUUUGUACUUAAUCAUUAUCACUUUCAAUUAGUUUCAUAG